AUGCUGCGGCUGCUAAAUUCCCUCCUGUUUGUGGCCCUCGCCUCGGGCUGUGGCAGACCUACCUACCACCCCUCCUCCCGAGUGGUCAAUGGUGAGGAUGCAGUACCCUACAGCUGGCCCUGGCAGGUCUCCCUGCAGUAUGAAAAGGAUGGGGCCUUCCACCACACCUGCGGAGGCAGCCUCAUCGCCCCCAACUGGGUCAUGACUGCAGGCCACUGCAUCUCGAACUCCCUGACCUACCAGGUGGUGUUGGGAGAGUAUGAUCGGGCUGAGAAGGAGGGUCCUGAACAGGUGAUCCCCAUCAAUGCUGGAGACCUCUUUGUGCACCCACUCUGGAACCCCAAAUGUGUGGCAUGUGGCAAUGACAUUGCCCUCAUCAAGCUGUCCCGCAGCACCCAGGUGGGAGACACAGUCCAGCUGGCCUGCCUCCCUCCCGCCGGUGACAUCUUGCUCAAUGGAGCACCCUGCUACAUCAGUGGCUGGGGCCGCCUCUAUACUGGUGGACCACUCCCGGACAAGCUGCAGCAGGCCCUGCUGCCUGUGGUGGACUAUGAUCAGUGUUCUAAGUGGGACUGGUGGGGCAGCACCGUGAAGCAGAGCAUGGUGUGCGCUGGUGGGGACAUCCGCUCUGGCUGCAAUGGUGACUCUGGAGGACCCCUCAACUGCCCCGCUAAAGAUGGAAGCUGGCAGGUCCAUGGUGUGACCAGCUUUGUUUCUGCUUUUGGCUGCAACACCCUCAAGAAGCCCACAGUAUUCACCCGAGUGUCAGCCUUUGAUGACUGGAUCAAGGAGACCAUGGCGAGCCACUAG